CGCGAUUCAUGCAUGAAACCCGAGCCGAUACCUAUCAAAUUAUCAAAAGUGCGCUUGCCUGAGUUUGACGGUGCCCUCGAAGACUGGAACUAUUUCUAUGACACAUUCUCAUCCACAGAGGACCGCAAUGAACAUUUAACAACGGUCCAAAAGUUCCAACAUCUUCGAUCAUCCCUAAGUGGGAGGGCCGCACGGAGUAUUCAGUCGUUGGAACUCACAGAGGUCAAUUACUCGAUCGCUCUUAACACGCUGAAGGAGAAAUUUGACUAUCACCUGAGGAUCUGUAUGCGUCAUUGGGAGUUGAUGCGCAAUUAUCCCGAAAUAAAGAAGAAAACUCCAGAAGUCAUAGAGGAUUUGUUGGAAACAGUCAACGUAAAUCUCAAAGGGGUCGUAAAAUUAGGCGAGCCUGUUACAUCAAAUGUGGUGAUUAUCGAGUUGCUCGCGUUGAAAUUACCUUCGUCCAGCAUGCGUAAGUGGCAGCGCACAUUACCAAGCAAAAGAAUGCACUCUUACAAACAUCUGAUGGAUUUUCUGCAAACACGGGCAAACGGAAAUCAACUCCUCUCUAAAAUAAAGGAGACAAAAGGGUCAACCCACAAAUAUCAUCGGCACCGACAAAACGUACCGCAAGGGCGACCAUUCUACAACCAUCACUACAACCAGCAAGACGUUGGUGUGUCCGAUCUGCAAAAGAUCCCAUGA